AUGGCCAAAGAUGGUGCAGAUGUCGACUUAAAGAUGGCGAUGGAUCUUGAGCGAACUUUGUCCAUCACCAACGGUCAGCUGGAGAAGAUUGUUGAUGACGUGGACGCUGCCAAACACGACAAAGCACUGGCACUUUUGAACGAUCACAAUGUGGUAUUCGACCCAAACUCGUCCGAAGCCAAGCGAGUGCUGCGAAAGGUUGACCAUAGGAUCAUGCCCCUGAUUAUUGCAAUAUACACCCUCAUGCUCGUGGACAAAAACAGCCUUUCAUUCGCAAAUAUCAUGAAUAUUAAGGAGGAAACCCAUCUCACAGACAGCCAGUACUCUUGGCUUGGUUCCAUUGUUUACUUUGGCUAUCUUGCUGCAGAAAUUCCCGUUACGUUUCUUAUGCAACGGGUCCCCCUUGCUAAGUUCUUUGCCAUUAUGGUGACAUUAUGGGGAAUGGUCGAGAUGUGCCACGCCGCCUGCAACGAUUUCGGCAGUCUUUUGGCGGUCAGAUUCUUACUUGGAAUGAUCGAGGUGUCUGCUGCACCAGUCAUUAUCUACGUUCUCGGUGCAUGGUAUACCAAGGCCGAGCAGGUUUCCCGAGUAGCUAUCUGGUAUACAAGCUCCGGAUUGGGAAACGUGGUCGGCGGCUUCUUUGCCUGGAUCAUUUGGCAUACUAAAACAUUUCGCUGGCAAGCCUUGUUCCUUUAUGAGGGAGGAUUAACAGUCUGUUUAGGCGUGGUGCUCUGGUUUGUCCUUGCCGCGUCACCUACUGAUGCCGCAUGGUUAUCAGAGGAGGAGAAAGUCAUCGCUUUGGAGAGAGUCCGAGGGAACAAAACCGGCACCGAGGUCUGGAGGUUUAACAAAUCGCAGCUCAUUGAGUGUUUCCGCGACAUUCGCUUCUACCUUGUUUUUCUCAUUCUCGUUUCGAUUGGGUUACCGAAUGGAGGAAUCACUGUUUUCGGGCCUUCCAUUAUCUCAGCCUUUGGAUUUGACGUAGAGCAGACUACACUGUUGACCAUGGCCCCGGGAGGGGCUGCGGUUCUUGGCACCUUCCUUGCUCUUGGUGUUGCGAAACGUACUAAUCGAACCGUUGCUGCUCUCUUUACGUUGCUUCUUUCGUGCAUUGGUGUUACGAUGAUGCUCACGAUCGAUUCAGCACACUACGUCGCUCGUUACGGAGGUUAUAUCCUUACCAUGCAAUUCCCCAUUUGUAUUCUUUUUCUUAUUGCCUACAUGACUGCGGGAGUCGGCGGUAGCACAAAGAAACUGGCUUUCGGUGCUUCCUACCAGCUAGGAUACACGGUUGGCAACAUCGUUGGUCCUCAGACUUACAGGGAGUCUGACGCACCCAACUACCCAAUUGCCAAAUAUACUAUGCUUGCUUUCUUGAUAUUCUCCAUGUUUCUAUUCGCGUUUUAUGGCCUUCUCCACAAGUUGUGGAACAUGAGGCGAGACAAGCAAGAUGUAUUGGAUGCGCAAAACGGAAUUGUCCGUGAAAACAUAAGGAAUGAGGAGUUUGCAGACUUGACCGAUUUCCACCAGAAGUCAUUGAGGUAUCCUGAGUAA